AUGUCGGUGAACGACCAACCUCCCUCUGCAGAUCCGACACUCUCUAGUCAGGCGUAUGCAUCUGACCUUGAAGCCCUGGACCAUCGAUUAAAGCGCCUCUCAGAAACCGUACUCCCACUUCACCCCUAUCUCCUGACCCUGCCGACGAAUGCACCGUUCCGCUUGGGAUCCCGCUCUGCGAACAACAAUUGGGCAGUCGGACAUGACCGACCGUUCAGCUCAGAGGAACAACAGCUUCAAUAUAUGACCUUCUUAUCGCACCACAGCGGAGAUUCACUGCUUGUGGCCGUUGGCGACUGGUCAGACGACUCAGGGCGCAUGAUGACCGAUCAACCCACAACCACAACCGCGACAGAGAACCCAAGAGACACGAUCGCCAAGAAAAAGAUCAGUCUGAAGGACUAUAAUACACAGAAGGUCACCAACGUCGUGGCCACCCCCGCAGAAAAUCGCGCUCGAGAGCGGCGGGAGGAAAGCAAACGCGAACGCGAACGCACAGCAACGUCACCGCGAGUGACAAACUCGGAACUAGCGAGAAACGGCAAGCUUGAUACAACACCCAUUCCCUCGAAAUCGCAAACACGACCAUCCCCCAAUCAAGAUUCGCAGAAGCGGCCGUCGGCAACCUUGUUCGAAUCCCUGGAUCCACAAGCAGCCAAAGGCACGGAAAUGCACUCUCCAAAGAAGCCGCGAUUAUCUCCCGAGAAAGAGCCGCGUAUAGAAAGCGUGCCGGCGAAGUCGCGCUCCCCUAGGCUGCCUGCUCUUCUGUCGCCCACACUGCCCCCCACAGCGGCCCCCAAGCUGCCCCGGCUGUUAUCACCAACCCUCCCACCAGACAUCGAGAAAGAGCUAGCAAGGCUCGGAGGCAACUCUCCAACCCGCACAUCCCCCAAACGCGAAAGUACUGGGGCGAGGUCGAAGCGGGACGACGUUUCUCAUCCCCGAUCCUUAGCAUCCGCGAAAGACCCCUCUAAGCCGAACCCGCUACAGCGCAUUGUCAGUCUCAAGUACGGAAAGUCGAAUCGAAAAAGAGUCGAAGCUCUCCUGAAAUUCUCGGCGAAGAAGACCCUAUAUCGUACCAACUUCUCGCCCGGCACGGAAACGGAUUAUGAAGAGGCUCCACACUCCGAAAAGAAAAGAGAUGAUGUUGACCCCGUUCGCAAUAAUAUUGUGUCUAAGAAACCCAAGACAAAAGGCAGGAAUGAGACAGAUGAGACCGCGGGUCCGGUGAGCGGACGGGUCAAAGGAUUCAAAGCCUCUAGCGAUAAGCCUUCCACUCCAACAUUUCAUCCGCCUACGCAGGAUAAGAUCAAACAGACCUCACUGACACCCGUGAAGGAUGUCAAAGGGAUGGUCUCGCGUCGCCAUGACCCCGGAGAUGGCGAUGGCAAGACCCCCGUCAAUCCAACCAACAAGCGAUACUCUACUGAGCUGGGAGCAAAAGGAUCGCCCUCCCAAUCAGAAAGCCGUUGUCGCAACAGCGACCGUCGAGCAUGGCGAGACGAGUUCCAGAGGUUUAGCAACAUAGGUCGAGAACUGAAGCAUGCCGCAGAGCGAUACACAACAACGGCUGGGACUUCGUCUACGGACGAGAAGUUGGCUGCUGUAACCGCAAUUGAAGCCAUCCUCUGCUUUGUUCUUGCUUUUGUUGCCGAUGACCAAUCCAAGGCCCUUGCACGGCAAACCGGUGACUCCUCAACGUGGAUUUCUAUCUUGGCAUACUGGAGAGUGGUCCGGAAAAGGAGCCAGUCAUAUCCAGUCCUACACAGUCUUUCACUCCUUCUAGGGGCCGUCUCCUACGAUGCAAUCCACGCACUUGACCUCGAACGCCUUGCUGCCAGUCCACUACCAGGGGAAAACACCCCGGUUCCCACACCCGGAAGCGAUAGCCACGCCGUGCCAGCCGACGAGAGCAAAAAGGGAUGGGAAAAGUUUCUGGAAUUAAAAAAUCGACUCCCGGAAUGUUAUAAGGAAUCCCAAAAACUGUGGCUAGAAGGGACACGAAGACUCUCAGAAGACAUACUCAGCCAGCAUUUUCCUACCACUUGGUCGCGACGAUCCCAUAACUAUGCUGAGCGAGGAAAAUUACCCCUCAAGGCCGGUGAAUAUGUCGGUGACUAUUUCCUCCCACUCGGGGGGACUACUCCUCCUAUUGAGAUCGUGCGAUUUGGCUGGUCACUUCUUCACGAGUGGUGUUCUCAAGAAGGAGUCGAGUGGAAUGGGCGUCUUAUCCUUUGA